AUGCAGGAGCGUGCCGAUUCAGACCCGCCGCCGGCAAGCUCGUCGGCGGCGCAGGAUGUCCUUGGAAAGCUGCGGUCAACAUCCACGGGCCAGCCGCUGCUGUUCAAGAAACGCAAGAUUUUACCUCACCCGAAACCGAACGAUUAUACUACAUGGAGAAGCGCUUCUGUAGGUGCUGCUCCUAAGCACAACAAGAUGGUAUUUGAAGCCGGACAAUAUGGAAUGACUUCUGGCAUACGGUCUCCAACCUUGAAUCAUCUCUCGAACCAUGCACCUAGGCAGCAUCAGCCUGUCCGGAAAGGAAGCGGACCCGACUUGCCCCCUACCCCGCCGGCGCAUUCGCGCAACUCCUCCUCUAAUCACUCGGUCAUGCCGCCGAGCCCACCCUUCGUUGAUACGCCUGACACCAGUGCCGAAGAUGUGCGAAAGUCGAUUUCGUCCAGCGCUAGCCCUCCCCGAACUCCCAGGACACCAACGAACCAAAGAAGCCCGCCAACUCCAGAUGUGACUCCUCCACAGGUUUAUGUCGAGAAGCGACCGCGUCUGAAUCGACCGCCCGUAUGCGAUCGCCUACCUUCCAAGGCCACCACCGUGGCUUCUCAAACCGAGUCGUUCAGGACUGCUCCGGAAGUUCCAUACUCAUCCGAAGGGGAGGACAGCACUCCGGCGCUUAGGCCCAUGGUCUCGUCCGUACGCACCUCUUCCCAAAGUACCGUCCGUCAAACCAACGACGAUGGAUCGAAGAACACAAAGAAACCGCGGACGAUCGGGCUGGGCCUCGGCUUGGAGUCCAGCCCUGUUACGAGCCCUGAACCCAGUCCCCUAACUCCUGGCUCAAAAACAUCGGAUCAGUUUUUAAACUUCGACGGCGAGUGGGGGCCCGAUCAGCGAUGGGAUCCAGACGUGAACCGAUCCGUCGCAGCUCGGAAGCAUGAAUCACCUCGCGGAACGAGCGGCCAAGAGGUAGUAGAAGAUAAUACUGUGGCUGCCACAGCUGCUACGGAGGCACUUCGCGCCAUGCAUCUCCCCCAAGCCGCUAUGGCUCUACCCUCACCACAGGCAAUUCCUCGGGAGAGGGAAAGACGCCGGACCCUCCAAGAUGAACCCGCUUUCAGGCAUCGAUCAUGCCCAUCGCCGCCUGACCUUGAACCGUCCCCAGAACUCAUUGCUUCAAAGGUCACAUUGACAAGACCUGAGAUAAAGCAGCGCAGAAUAUCGACAGCUUCUUCCAAGUCUACUACUUCAAAUAGGACCACCGAGGCGUCAUUGACCGACGCCACGUCUCGACGGCCGAGGACAUUGCGUCACGUCAGAAAACUGGACGGGCUCCGCAAUUCGAAGCAGGAUCUUUCUUCGCCAAAGCAAGAGCACAAAUCAGCUCAAGUGGAAGAUGAUACGGUCAAACGGCCUCCUCUGAGUGGGAGGCUUUCGGAAUCGCGUCAUCACAGCUAUGCCUCGGUCAGCACUGCAAACUCCAUCUCAAGUCGGAAAGCACGCAGAGAGGUUAUCAAGAAUGGAGGCAUCCCGGUGGUAGUGAUACCGCAACGUCGAUCCUCAAUCAAGUCAGCUAGCGAAACGCCGUCACUGCGGUCAGCUAAAAGUAGUACAAGAUCGAGACGUAGCCAUAGUGUUGGCUCAUCUUCGCGAUAUCCUCCGUUGACACAGCUUUCAAACGGCAAAGAUCUCACCUCAUACUUCGACCCGGUCCCUCGUCGGGGCAGGAGCCGAUCCCAGACGGGCGGUUCGGAGCCUGGAGACCAGCGCACCAUGGACUUCCCUCCCAUUGUGCCCAGGCGCACGUCGUCACUUUCUGCUCCGACAAGUAGGAACACAUCCAGGGCGGGCUCAUUGACUGCCGACAGCCUGGGACAGCUUGAGAAAGUAACGAGCCAACAGCUCGAUACAAGGUCCAGAGUCCAAGCAGCGCCGCGGCCCCAAUCGCAAAAGUCAUACGACUCGAGGCAGGAUCUGCCUUCUCGCCAGAAAGAGCGCCUUGCCGAGGAACGUAGCGAGCCUGUAUCAUCUGCAGAUUCCAUAAAGUCACCACGACAACACUCGGUGCAUAAGCUCAGCGUUGAUCAUCACGGGGAUCCAUUGUUUGGCCGACGGUUGGCUGCCCAGCAGACACCGUUUUCACAGUAUUCGGUGGAAACCAAUGCGACGUCUCACGCAGAGGUGUCUGAGGCUCAAGCCGUUAGUCUGUAUGCUCAUCAAAACACAUCUGUGCUGAUGGUGGAUCACUCGGCAAGGCCAAGUGAAAGUUCAAACAGCUCUCUUGCCCCUAGAUUGGAACGUCCCAUCAUCAAGACGAUCGACACAGACGCACGCACCGGACCGGUGACACCUCCACAGCCGACAUUCUCCCUGGAUGAUGUAGAUUCGCCUCUACAAAACCCGCGGGCUCCCCCAAAGCCUCCUAGCACGCGGGUCGUACCUCCAGCUAUCGCUUUCAUCCCAGCAACUCCAUCAGGGUUGACGCCAGCACAGGAAAAGGAAAUGCAGCUCGGAAAUUUCUACGAAGAGGUUUCACAGCGUCCACCCAUGCCUAGGCGUAUGUCGACUGUGGUACGCAGGGCUCUGGGUCGGCGCGAGAGUUAUCACGAGCCAUCGGCAUCUGCAGCCCCCAAGAACUCGGGCGGAAUUUUAUCGCGCACACUGUCGCUCACAAGACGCUCGAGCCUUCGCGGCCAACGACCGGACGAUGGAGAUAGGGAGGGUGUCAAAGGGGAUAGGAGACACACGGUCUCAGCAUACGGGGGUCCCGAUGAUGAACUGGCAGAUCCAACCAGAUUGCAUCCUCUUUGGCGACCAGCGUACGCCGAUGACGAGUCCGAUCACAGCAGUGACGAGGAGUAUGACGAUGAAGACGACAAUCACCACUACGACAGGCGGGAGGCACGGCCACGUCGAACCUUGUCAGAGCGAAUGAGACGCACAUUUGCCAUUCUGCCAAAUCGCGAAGACUAUUACGGAUCUGAAGACCCAUAUGUCCAGCCCAGGUCUCCCAUUCGUCGCACCGUGCACCGCAGCAACAGCGGCAACCUACGUGUGGUCAAGAACCGCGCUAGCCUCGAGUCGAUCUCCCGGCCACCCAUUAGCUACAUGGGGAGACCCUACACGGCGCCGGGUCAGGGCCGAGGAGGUGACAAGGGACGAGGCCGACUUUGGAGGUCUCUAUCUCAGCGACGCUCAGAGGCUCCUGUAGUUGGUGGUGGCGGAGGUAGAGGCUCGCUGCCCAGGCGACGUCUAUCCCUUCGCGGCACGGCGCUCGACCCGUCUGGAGGGCUUGGCUUGCUGCAAGACCUGCCGCGCCGGCUAAGCGAACGCAGGCGCGAAAAGAGGAGUCAAGAGUUGCGUCGAACCAUUAGUGGGCCGCGCGAGGUGCGCGAUGGCGUCGGCGAGGUUAUCAGGCGGAGGAGCGAUCACCGCGGCACCCACCCCACAUACAAUGCGUAG